GUUUAUACAAGAUUGUGUCUGACUAUGGCUCCCAAUCCCGAAAUUGAUCGUGUGGCGAGCGUCGAUGAGGAAACCAUCGACAUCGGCGACAAAGAACAAAUUCGGAUAACAGAGGAUGGCACAGUUGUUGACCAUGGCUUGCACCGAUCAUUGAAGCAGCGUCAUAUGCAGAUGAUUGCUCUAGGCGGUGUCAUUGGUGCGAGUAUCUGGUACGGUACUGGAUAUGCAAUUUCUGACUCGGGUCCGAUUGGCGCGUUGGUCUGCUUCAUAAUCAUCGGCAUCGAUGUCUUCUUCAUCAUGCAAAGUCUCGGCGAGCUGUCGACAAUGUACCCAACCACUGGUGCCUUUACCGAGCUUGCUGGAAGAUUCAUUGAUCCUGCUGUAGCUGUUGGCCUUGGAUACAACUAUUGGUACUUGUGGGCCUCCAACAUCGCAGCCGAAUACAAUCUCAUCAGCAUCGUCAUGGGUUACUGGACCGACAAAGUCCCAAGCUACGCCUGGGUUCUGAUGGCUUGGGCCUUUUAUCAAGGUCUCUCUUUUUUCGGUGUUAUUGUAUACGGUGAAAUGGAAUUCUGGCUGGCUCUUUGGAAGAUCAUCUGCGUGCUGGUCACCUUUCUCCUCACAAUCCUCUGCAACACCGGUGCCAUUGGUGGCGAUUACAUUGGCUUCCGAUACUGGAAGACUCCUGGUCCAGUUGUACAUGGUAUCAACGGUUUCGGCAAGUCGUUCGUUCUCGCUGCCGUGUAUUACUGCGGCACGGAGCUGGUGGCUAUAACGGCAGGAGAGAGUCGCAGGCCAAACAGGGAUGUACCAAGGGCCAUCAAAGCCACGAUAUUCAGGGUGGUCUUUAUAUACUGGGGCAUGACCUUCUUCGCUGGCAUCGCAGUGGCGUCUGACGAUCCGGCCAUCCUGAGAGCCACGAGCAACACUGGUUUGUCGCCAUUCAGCAUCGCCCUUCAGCACGCCGGUUGGUCUCACGGACCUGACCUGAUCAACGCCUUCAUCUUCACAGCCACAUUUUCCGCCGUCAACUCGUCCAUUUACAUUGCGUCGAGAACGCUGUAUUCCCUCGCCGACACGGGCCGUGCACCUCGAUUUCUGGCCAAGACAGGCUGGAGGGGUGUCCCCGUGUACGCGGCCAUCGUCUCUAAUGCCUUUGGUCUGUUGGCUCUCCUCAACGUGGCAAGUGGCGCUGGAAAGGUCUUUGGCUACAUAAUCGACUUGUCCGGUGCCGCCACUUUUAUCGCCUGGGCUUGCAUCGGCGUCACACACAUCCGAUUUCGUCGGGCGUGGAAACUUCAAGGCCGUACACCGGAAGAGCUACCAUUCCGCGCGUUCCUGUACCCAUAUGGAGCCUAUUUCGUCACGGUACUCAAUAUCUUUCUGCUCAUCAUCCAGGGUUAUGGAACAUUGUUGACUCCGUGGCAGCCGGUUGACUUUGUAUUCUCUUACAUUGUCAUCGUGCUGUUUGUGUUACUCCUCGUCUUUUGGAAAUUUUACCACAAGACAAAGUUGGUGAAUCUGGCAGAAGUUGACUUGCAGUACGGGAGAAGGACGUACCUUACCGGGCCCGAUGAAUCAGAAGAGAAGCCUUCCAUCUUUACACGAGCAACGAGGUCGGUUGGUAGACGAUUCCGAGGUUGAUCGAGUGAUCAGGAAUAGUGGACUGGGUACAUACACUGUGAAGAGGUCUAUCGUUGUUCUGAGGUAGCAGUGCACAAAUCCAUUCUGUAUGAAUUCAGAUGAAAAAUC